GACCACAUGGAUUUGACAGACUAAGACGACCACUCGACGAAACGUCAUUUAACUCUACUAAAAACCAUAUUUUUUUUUUCAUCCGUGAGCUAUUACCUAACAUUUCCAUACAUUUUUGCUUGUGUGAAAACAAGAAGGAAAUAAUGUUCCGAUUGGUCGCUACGCAAUUGUCAAAAGUUGGACACAGUGCCGUUCUCGGUCGCACUGGUGUGAAUGCAGUGGCUGCACGUUUCUGUCACCCAGGAACACCCGAUAUCUAUGAUCCAAACUUUGAUGCUCAAUACGAGGCAUACUUCAAUCGUCAAGAUAUUGACGCUUGGGAAACUCGCAAGGCAAUGAACGAUUUACUUCGUAUGGAUUUGAUUCCUGAUCCAAAAAUUAUUGUUGCUGCAUUGAAAGCAUGUCGUCGUCUCAAUGACUAUGCAUUGACCACUAGAUGGUUGGAAGGUGUACAUCAUCGAUGCGGUGGCGAUGAACAAACUUGGAAUUGGGUUGUUCAAGAAAUUCGUCCAACUUUGAACGAAUUAGGCAUUUCCACACCACAAGAACUUGGAUACGGUGUACCAGAAUUGGCUUUGAAGCGCCCUCACGAAUACUAAAACACCAGUAAGGAAAUUUUCGUUUAAAUUACACUUAGCAGCCAAUUGUUCUUUUCAUUUGAAGAAAAAAAAAAAGUAAUGUAUUAAAUGGUGAAUUAAAAAGUCAAUAAAUGAUAUCCAAGUAAA